AUGUCGUCAUUACAUGCGCCCCUGUCGGGUUCGGGCAGACCGACGUCAAAUGGAAUGGGCGGAAGCAAUGCAUUAAGUGGCGGGUCUGAUCGUGAUCGAAUUGAGCGGGAUCGGGAGCGACAUGCGGUCGCUGCUUCAUCGCCAAGGCUGGGAUCUACAGUGGUACACCCACCACCGUCGAACGCUGAUCACCCUGCUGAUCAGCCGUGGCCUGUGGAUUCAAUCGACACAUGGAAUUCUCAAUCCGCGGAAAUUUUCGAUAUUGGGGCCGGCAUUACGACUAGCGGAAACAACCUUGGGCAACAUAUCUACGCCCAAAUUCAGUCAAGAGCGGUUUCUGCAUCGGAUCCAGCCGAUAUCGAAGAAGAUGGUGAACUCGACUGGCUAGCCAAGUCAUUCCAAUCAGUGGUGCCCAAUGAUCACAACAUGCAGGACUUGGAUACCGGAGACAAGGGUCGCGGCAGCAGCAGCGAGCGAACCGUCUCCGAAUCCUCGUUUUCAGCCUCUUCAUAUGAAGUUGGCCUUGUGCAUUCUGAGCCAACAACUCCCACAUCAUACACCGCCGCAGUAGCUCUUACACUCUACGAAUUCGAUUAUAGAACCGCCCAGACUGCCAUGCGCCCUGUUAUCAGCCUGGACCUCGAUGAACACGCCAUCAGCAUCCCCUCUUCCUCGACUCCAGGGUUCAUUCAUGCCGCCGAAGUUCGAUCUAGUGGGCCGAUUUCACAGUGCUCUCCCGUUAUCAGCUUUACCUCCAACCGCUUUUCGACCGAAGCGCAGUACCGCUGUGUCUCGGACGUGUACAUCGAUGGAAACCAGGUCUACAGCAUGCCUGCGCACUUGCAGCUGUGUAGUGCCAGCUCGGACGGAAUGAUUGUUUACAAGAUGGAACUUGGUAACGACGUCUGGGCGAUUCUUACGAGGGACUCUGAUGUCCAUUCAUCUUAUACCAUGACGCAGAACAUCUUUACGGUGUCUACUGGAACGAUUCACGACGAGAUUCCUGUGUUCUCUAUCAGCUAUAAGUGCGUUGAGCACGAAAUGCUCCUCCGCCUUCAAGAUGCCGAUGAAGCGCGCCAGUACUUGCAUGGCAACGUGUACUUCAACAGGAACCCCAAAAAAGUGUACAUAGGCUGCGAGUUGAUUCCUGGAAAACCUGGUACCUCCUGCUUUGGGCUUCGUUUUGGGAUGAACUCUUGUAGCCAGGUUAUGAGGAGAUGCGAGGGUAAAGUCAACGAUGGGCUAUUGCAGGCGGUGAUAACUCUCUCCCUACAAACUAACUCGAAUCGGCCACUACGAAUAUACGCGGAUUCGUCGCAGUUCACUUCGCUCAUGACUGUGAGUGCGGGCGGACAGAGUUCAGGGAUUGGUCAGGGAAAAACGGAAAACUUCUGCGCACGGCAUGCACUAUUCUCCGGUGUCACUCUACAGCAUAUCAUGCUAGGGCGUUUAUAUCACAAUAAUAUGCUAUUUCAAGAAACAUUAUAUCACAAUACUAUGGUAUUUCAAGAAACAUUAUCGUACAAAUUGCUGAUAAGAUAA